CCGUUAAUUAGUUGCUUCCCAUCCAACAAUUCAUUACAUUUCAACGUACAACUUGAGUAACUUAAUAAUCCGGCCGCCGUGUUUCGAGCAUUUUACACAGCGCAGCCGUAUAACAAUGAGCCACUCUUCGUCUUCUUCCACCGUCCAACGGCGGCAGCCUGGUUCACCACCACCACUUCGUACAUCAAUGCAUGCACUACUUGGCGGUGGAAACGUUGCUGAUAUAUUAUUGUGGGAGAAUAAGCAUGUGUCGGCAACAAUAUUGGUUGGAUUCACUCUCAUAUGGUUUCUUUUGGAAGUGGUGGAGUACACUUUUGUUACCCUUUUGUGCCAUAUUUCCAUAUUAGCCAUGGCAUUUCUUUUCGUCUGGUCUACCGCUUCUGGAUUUCUUGAAUCCUGGAGCCCUCCUGAUUCUAAAGCUCUUGUAAUAUCAGAAUCAACAUUCAAAUGGUUAUUUGGGAAGAUAAAUAAUUUCCUAAUGACAUUCUACGAAGUCUCUUCGGGAUCUGACUUAAAAAGCUUUAUCUUGGCAAUAACUGUCCUCUGGCUACUAUCAAUAAUUGGGAACUUUUUCAAUUUUUUUAAUCUUAUAUACGCAGGAUUUUUGUGCAUGGCGACAUUGCCUGUAAUUUAUGAAAGGUAUCACACUGAGGUGGAUCGUCUAGCAAGUAAGGGAAUUCAAGAUUUGAAGAGACUUUACAAAAAAAGUGGGGUCGAUGAAAAACUUAGGAAGAUUCCCAAAGGACCGGUGAAGGACAGAAAGAUUUAUUGAAUUCUCAAUGCACACAAAUGACAUACAUGUAAUUACGCACUAAAAAUCAGAGUUAUGGACUCAAAAUUGCAAUAAAAUAUUGUUGUUGUUAUUUAUAUAAUUAUUAUUCUUAUCUUCAUUAUUAUGCACAUUCCAUAAACAGUCGACGGCAACACGAUUACUACAUUUUAAAAUUAAUUAACAAUAA